GUAGGCGAGACUAAGGCGUGGCCGUUCUGUAAUCUGAACUGAAGGUACAAGGUAGCUCAUCUAGCUAGCUGUGUUUAUAGCAAGUGAGGACAGCUCCUCUUUUGUAUCUAUUGACAUAAUAUUUGCAAUGAAUGGACUAAGACGUUAGGGUUUAUUAUCAUUGUCACAAUGUCUGAGAAGAACAAAAGAUUGAAAUUUGGCAAUUCGCGCAUCCAAUUUGGUAAUAUUAUCAACGUUGCUGUUGAACAAGGCGAUGCCGACGGAUUAGAGCUCAUUUUGUCACAAGAUGGAGCUAAAGACCACAUUGAUUGCAAAAACAAGCAUGGACGGACUCCACUAGUUGUAGCUACUAAGCAAGGGAACCUAAAGUGCAUAAAGUUGCUCUUGUCUCAUGGCUGUGAUCUUCAUGCCACCAUGACUAAUGUCAAACAAGGGAAGGAGCUUCAUGUGUGGGAGAUUGCAGCUCAGAGAGGAUUCAGAAAAAUUGCAGAGUAUCUGAAUGGAUGCUUAGAUGAUUUAACUAAGUACAAUUAUCACCGAGCAAUGAUGGAAGCAGAUGUACUGGAGAUAUGUCAGAAUCCUAAUCUCACCGAAGCUGAUUUGAAAGAGUUUGAUAAACACAUUAAGAUCCUGAACACUCUCUCAACUUUCGACAUUAAUGGAGAUGAGAUGUCAGAGUCCCUCCUCAUUGUAGCUACCAAAGCUGAUAACAAGCUCAUAGUUGAGAGAUUACUAGAAGUGUACAACGUGACUCCAUACUCCAAUGAUCUCAAGACUGGUGAGUCUGCUCUCCACAUUGCCUGCAAAAAAUCCUCCGAUCUUCGUUUCUACAUCACGCAAAAGUGUCAAGACCUCAUUUUUUCAGUCGACACAAACGGAGAGAACCCGCUACACGUUGCCUGUCACAUGAAUGACCUUAGGUAUGUAACAUGGCUGUUCCAGAGGGUUCUAGAAAAGAUAGAGAACGAGACCCUACCCUCCAGUUCAUCUUUCUUGUCUUUACAGCUUGAUCAGCUAGAGAGACCAAAGUUCCAAUCGAUGAGUUCUCAUCCCCCCUUUCAUUUGAUGAAUUCUGACUCUGCCACUUCUUCUUCCAACAACUCUCUGGCUCACCGGCAGCUCCCUUUGUUUGAAGAGGCAGAGGAGUACGAAGAGCAAUCACCAGUUCAGCAUCCUCUCAAUGUCAUGUUAAGAGAUACUAAGUCUAAAUCUGAGCCUGACCUUCUUGACUCUGGUCUCACUGAUUCUGGUGCUAGUGGUCCUUCUGAUGGGCCCCAGGAGGAGGAGGAGGGGGAGGAUCGCCCACUCACUCUUAUCAUGAGAACCAAGGCAUCACGUAGAUCAGUAAAAGUUAUUAGCAAGGAAGGACAGGGCAUUGAACUAAUAGGAGGAGGAGGAGGAGGGGGAAAGGGAGGGAGAGAAGGAGGCAGUGAUAGCUUUUCAAGCAUUCAGUCGUUAAAGACGCAUCAAGUGAGCCUUGAGGAACUAGAGGCUUCAACUUAUUCUCUCUCUGAUAAUCCACUGAUUGCUUCUUCCCCUCCCCUGGAGGAUGUUACUGUGGCCUCAGUCAGUGAGUAUUCGGAUAGUACAAUGGAUACCAUACGCAAUGACAUCACCAGUGGCUACGAGAGCUAUACAACUGUUGACAGUCGAAGACACGACCAAGCAGUCUUGCCUCGUAAGAAGAUCCCAAUAGCUAAAGGAAGGAAGAGAAUCAACUCUGAGGAGCUUCCCUCAUCUCCUCACAGAACUUUGUCUAAUUUUGAAAACUCAUCCAAUUCUGACGUCUCUACUCUGUUAGACAGCACCGGUGAGUUACUGAAGAGUUUGACCUUCUCCCAUGGCCCCUCUCCAUUCACUUUUGACACUAUUCUCUCGGUACACAUGAGGCUCUUCUCGGUCAGUGCUAACGGCAGCAGUGUACUACACAUUACUGCUAGAAAUGGGCAUGUUGAUCUGCUCCUACUCAUCACUCAAGUUGCUAAAUACUUAGAGAACAAUCCCGACGGAGCUGAUGUGACUGUCCUCAUUAGGAAAACCAGCUCAAUAUGUACUCCACUGGAGGAAGCUAUCGAUAAAAAUGAAAGCAAUUGUCUUCGUAUUUUAAUGAAGUUUGCUAGCGAGACAUCAGUAUUUGAGAAUAUAUAUAAUGACUCUAGUCUGCUUCAGCGAGCCGUGAAGGUAGAGUCACUUGAUUGUUUAAAGGUUCUAUGCGAUUACGGACUGUGGAGAGAUGCUAAGGAGAGCCUUGUUACGAUAACCAAAAAACUUCCAAUCGAUUCAAUGUUUGGACGCUACCUCAUGUUUUAUCACAUUCAAUUGACUCUCUCCAUGUUGUGCUCUCGUGUUAAACGGAAUGGAAGCCUUACCAUUGACAAUGGGGUCCUCCGUUGGAAUGAUUUAGAGCUUGAGGAUAUCAACCUUUUGUGGUUGACUGAUGCUCCUGUGGCCAUUUCUACUGUAUCCCAUGCUUUCAAGACAAUGUCUAUUUCUCAACCUCUGCAGCAAAAUAAAGAGUUCUUCCAGAAGCUCGGGCUAGCAUGCAGUGAGUACUUUAAUAGCUACAUGUGGCAGCCACAGGCUCACCCCACUGCCUGGGCCUUGCUACCGAUUACCGAGAUUGAUCUAUCCUCCAAUAGACUGGAGGGGGUUUUGCCUGAAAUAUUCCAAAUAAAGACCCUCACCGUACUGAAUCUAUCCCACAACAGACUGGUAGCACUCCCUAGUAACUUUAACAUCCAGUCGCCAAUAUACACUUGCCAGAGCCUUGAAAAACUCAACGUGAGUCACAACUGUCUAGUGACCCUCCCCGAGGACCUUUUUUAUGCUGUUGGUAACUCACUGGAGGAACUCAACGCACGUAAUAAUUCCUUAGAGUCCCUCCCUCCCGGUCUGUGGGUCUGUACUAAACUGAGUAACGUCAACCUGAGUCAUAACAAGUUGACACAGCUGCAUUAUUUCAGCGAUUCAAAGUAUUUCUUUGAUCAGGCCUACUCGAGGACUCUCAUUAAUUCAAUGCAAUUGGACCAGGGGGCACUCCUUAACUCUGGUAAGAUGAAUGAAGAGGACUUUAUGGGUGUCAUGAAUUAUGCCACUCGUCUCAAUAUAUUUUAUCACACUCUCUCCCACCUCUUGCCUGCCACAUUUGAGAGUGGAUCUGCUCCACAUUACCUCCAGCAAGUCAUUGACAUUCACUGGUUGAGGACAAAGCUUAACAGCAGUCAAUCAUGUUCUCUCGAAUAUUUUGAAGUCUCACUCCCUCCCGAUGAAUCCUUAGCUAUUACUCAUUUAGAUUUAUCUUAUAACUCUUUUUCUGAGCUUCCCAAAGACCUUCCCUGUAUUGCACCUCAUCUCGAGAAACUGGAUCUUCGGGGAAACUCUAUCAAGAACCUUGACAUAGUCCGUGACAUGCCUUCAGAGAUAGCCUCGAUUAAUCUCAGCAGCAACAAAAUCUCUAGCGUCCAUUAUCAGCAUAAAGCUCACGUGUGCAUGAAUCCUGUCAAACUGUUGGACGGGUGCGUAUUGGAUCCAAAGGAAUCAAGAUUCUGCAGGCACAAGUCCCAUUGCAUCCUUGAUAAACUCACCAAUCUAGUCCUUCAUGAUAAUUCUAUCGAAUUUUUUAACUGCAUCCCACAGGGAGACAGUAUAGGAGGAGGAAGCACUUCUGCUAGUUUACAAUCGUUCGACAAGGAAGAGUGCCAAGCUUAUUUCCCUCACCUCUCUGUCCUCUCCCUUGAGCACAACAGUCUCCUUUGUGUCCCUAAUGGUAUCCAGUACUUGACUCAACUAAGCUCACUCUCUCUCUCUCAUAACUCUCUCAUUACGUACCUGCCUACUGUCAUGGGCCUCAUGAACCCUCAGGUCCUCCUCAUAUUGAAACUAGAUGGAGUGUCACCAAAGAACAUUGAUCCAAAGCUACUCAACAAGCCUGGGGCAAGAGCAAUCAUCACUUACCUGAAAUCAAUGUACCACAAAUCACAACCUUAUCAUCGCAUCAAGCUAAUGCUAAUUGGUGACAGCAAUGUUGGUAAGACCAGCCUCCUCCUCAAUCUCACAAAGAAAGGAAAAGUCUCUCGUUUCAAGGAGGUUGAAAAAGGAUUGAAUAAACUCCCGCUCUCAACCGUCGGGGUUGACCUUGGAGACUGGGAGUACAGCCCACAGUCCUUGAGACUGAAACCAGUGACCUUUAUGACGUGGGACUUUGGUGGACAGAUAGAGUAUUAUGCCACUCACCAGUGCUUCCUCACCCAGCGAUCUCUUUACAUUAUUGUAUGGAAUGCAAAAGAAAGGGAGAGAGGACUUGAGAGAAUUAGACCAUGGCUUGACAACAUCGGAAGUCGUAUACCAAAUGCUCCAGUCAUUGUAGUAGCGACUCACCUUGACUCUCUCCCUUCUCAGAGGAGGAGUGAGAUUGUUAAACGUUUGCAGACCGAGUUCAACAGGAAGUACCUCACUCCAUCAGCUUCUCAUGGAGCGUGUUCUCAUAUUUAUUCAAAGUGUUUCUUUGUGUCUUGCAGCGACGGAACGCAAAUAUCUCAACUGAGAGACGAGCUUUACGAAUUUGCUCUCUCCAUCAAACCAACGAAUUCUGGUUUUCGUCAGGUUGGGGAUGGUGAGUCAUUGCUCCGACAGCCCGUCCCCGAGUGUUACAUCAAACUUCAGGAUAUUGUGAGGAGUGCAACAAAGAGAUACUUACAAGAGAAACUGCCACCAAUACUAACGACUAAAGAGUUUAGGAAAAUAGCAUCUGAAGGGAAUUUUCCUGGAAAAUUGGACGAGCUUGAGCAAGCGACUGCAUUUCUU